UCUUUCUCACUCAAUGCUCCCAAACUCCCAACUUUCCCUUUUGACAAUUUCUGUAAAAAAAAAACAAAAUCUACUUUUAUGUCCACUUUCUUCCUUCUUCUUACAUAUCUCAUCUAAAAACACCAAAAAGAACCAACAAACAUGGCUUUGAAAAUGGGUUUUUCUUCAUUCCCAUUCAAAGAUCAACUUCACUCCCUCACCAAAAGACUCUUCCCUUGGACUCUCUAUGCUCUUCUUCCCAUUGCUCUUCUUAGUUUAUACCUCUACCCUCUUCCUUUUCUUCCUUCCACUGAAUCUGAACUUCCAAAUUCCAUCUCCAACACCAUUGUUUCACACUCCACACCCCCUUCUUUUACUUCCACACCUCCUCCUUCAGAAAAGGAAAAUACUUUUGACACCCCCCCUUGUGAUUACUUCAAUGGAAAGUGGAUCCGUGACAGAAGAGGACCUUUAUACAAUGGAACAACAUGUGGAACAAUCAAACAAGGACAAAACUGCAUCAAACAUGGAAGACCGGAUUCUGAUUAUCUUUACUGGAGAUGGAAGCCAAAUGAAUGCAAGCUUCCAAGGUUUGAACCUAACACUUUUCUUCAAUACAUUGAAAACAAGCAUGUAGCUUUUGUUGGAGAUUCUAUGGCUAGGAACCAAUUAGAGUCACUUUUAUGUAUGUUAUCAACUGUUUCAUCUCCUGAUCUUGUUUACACAAAUGGUGAAGAUAACAAAUUUAGAAAGUGGCGUUUUGAUUCUCAUAAUGCUAGUGUUUCGGUGUAUUGGUCUCCUUUUCUUGUGCAUGGUGUUGAGAAAUCAAAUGGAGGGUUGAAUCAUAAUAAGUUGUAUUUGGAUCUUGUUGAUGAGAGAUGGGCUAAGGAUAUGGAUCAUAUGGAUUUGAUUGUGUUUUCGGUUGGUCAUUGGUUUUUGCAUCCUGCGGUUUACUAUGAGGGUGAUUCGGUUUUAGGUUGUCAUUAUUGUGUUGGUCUUAAUCAUACCGAAAUCGGGUUUUAUGAAGUUUUGAGAAAGGCUUUGAGGACUAGCCUUAAUAGUGUAAUUGAUAGGAGAGGGAGUAAAGGUGGUAGAAUUGAUGUUAUGGUGACGACGUUUUCGCCUGCUCAUUUUGAAGGAGAAUGGGAUAAGAUUGGUGCUUGUUCAAAGACUAGGCCUUAUAGGAGUAAAGAGAAGGAGCUUGAAGGAAUGGAUGGUGAGAUGAGAAAGAUUGAGGUUGAAGAAGUUGAAGAUUCUAAGGUGAGAGGUGGUAUGUUUGGAGGGGUUAGGUUUGAGGCACUUGAUGUAACGAAAUUGGCAUUGUUGAGACCGGAUGGUCAUCCGGGUCCUUAUAUGUAUCCUUUUCCGUUUGCGAAUGGUGUUCCGGAGCGUGUCCAGAAUGAUUGUGUUCAUUGGUGUUUGCCGGGGGCUAUUGAUACAUGGAAUGAGAUUUUUCUUGAGAUUAUGAAGAAAUGGGAGGAGAAUCCGAGAAUUCAAGAGUGAAAGAGAAUGAAGAGGGAUGAAACACAUACACAACACCGACACUGAAACGUUGAUACUGAUGAUAAUCAUAUCGGUCAAUGACAUAUUGGUGUCGUACAUUGACAUGUAUUAGACACUAGACUAACAUUUGUUAAGAAGUGUCGGUGCUAGAGUGGUGAAGAGUGAGGUAUUUAGCUUACCAUAUAUUGUUUGAUAAUUUCUUAUUUGUUCUACUUUUAUAUUAUUACAUUGAAAUAGGUCAAGUUUUGUUUUUGGUAGAAAAGAAAAGUAAUUUCAAUUGGAAAAUGAUUAGUUACUUA